AUGUCGGUCGUCGGUAUCGAUUUCGGUUCCCUUAACACCGUCAUCGCUGUUGCGAGGAACCGGGGUGUCGAUGUGAUCACCAAUGAGGUCUCGAACCGGGCAACCCCAUCCCUUGUUGGCUUUGGCCCCAAGUCCCGCUACCUUGGUGAGGCCGCCAAGACCCAGGAGAUCUCCAACCUCAAGAACACUGUCGCUUGCCUCAAGCGCCUGAUCGGUCGCUCUUCGAAGGACCCCGAUGUCCAGAUCGAGCAGGGGUUCAUCUCAGCGCCGCUGAUCGACAUCAACGGCCAGGUCGGCGCUGAGGUGUCGUACCUGGGCCAGAAGACCCAGUUUACUGCCACCCAGCUGGUUGCUAUGUUCCUCACCAAGAUCAAGCAGAUUACCGCCAAUGAGAUCAAGCUUCCCGUUUCCGACGUCGUCAUCAGCGUCCCUGCCUGGUUCACCGAUGUCCAGCGCCGCGCUCUGAUCGAUGCCGCCGAGAUUGCUGGUCUCAAGGUUCUGCGCCUGAUCAACGACAACACUGCUGCCGCUCUUGGCUAUGGCAUCACCAAGCUGGACCUGCCCAGCGCGGAGGAGAAGCCGCGCCGUGUUGUCUUCGUCGACAUCGGCUACAGCGAUUUCACCGCUUCGGUCGUCGAGUUCCGCAAGGGCGAGCUCGCCGUCAAGGGCACUGCUUGGGACCGCCACUUCGGUGGCCGCAACUUCGACCGCGCUAUCGUCGAGCAUCUCCACAAGGAGUUCGAGGGCAAGUACAAGAUCGAUAUCUUCAGCCGCCCCAAGGCCCUCGCUCGCGUCUAUGCCGCUGCCGAGAAGCUCAAGAAGGUCCUGUCGGCCAACCAGCAGGCCCCGCUCAACAUCGAGUCGCUCAUGGACGACAUUGAUGUCCGCACCAUGAUUACCCGUCAGGAGUUCGAGGCCAUGGUUGAGCCUCUCCUGAACCGCAUUCACGUCACUCUUCAGCAGGCUCUCGACGACGCCAAGCUGACCAAGGACGACAUUGACUUUAUUGAGGUCGUCGGCGGUGGCAGCCGUGUUCCUGCCAUCAAGGAGCGCAUCCAGUCCUUCUUCGGCAAGCAGCUGUCCUUCACCCUCAACCAGGAUGAGGCCAUUGCACGCGGCUGCGCCUUCAGCUGCGCCAUCCUAUCUCCCAUCUUCCGUGUCCGUGACUUCACCGUCCAGGACAUCAUCAGCUACCCCAUUGAGUUCGCCUGGGAGAAGGAUGCCGACAUCCCCGAUGAGGAUACCAGCCUUACCGUUUUCAACAAGGGCAACGUCAUGCCCUCGACCAAGAUCCUUACCUUCUACCGCAAGCAGCCCUUCGAUUUGGAGGCUAGGUACGCCAACCCGGAGAUGCUUCCCGGCAAGGUUCCCCCCUUCAUUGGCCGCUUCUCCGUCAAGGGCGUUAAAGCCUCCGGUGCCCCCGAUGACUUCAUGAUCUGCAAGCUCAAGGCCCGCGUCAACAUCCACGGCAUCCUUAAUGUGGAGAGCGGCUACUACGUCGAGGACCAGGAGAUUGAGGAGGUCAUCGAGGAGAAUAAGGAGGAGAAGAAGGAGGAGAAGAAGGAGGGUGAGGAGCAGCAGCAGAAGGACGGCGACGCCAUGGACACGGACGCGCCUAAGGAGGAGCCGCCGAAGCCCAAGACCCGCAAGGUCAGGAAGCAGGUCCGCAAGGGCGAUCUCCCCAUCGUGAGCGCCGUCCAGUCGCUCGACCCCCAGACCAAGGCGCUCUGGAUGGAGAAGGAAGGCCAGAUGAUCGCGGAGGACAAGCUGGUCGCCGAGACGGAGGAGAAGAAGAACGAGCUCGAGACCUACAUCUAUGAGCUGCGCAACAAGCUCGACGACCAGUAUGCCGAGUUUGCCACUGACGAGGAGAAGGCCAAGAUCCGCGAGAAGUGUGAUGCCACUGAGGAAUGGCUCUACGACGAGGGUGACGACACCACUAAGGCCGUGUACGUCGCCAAGCUUGAGGAGAUCCGCGCGCUGGCCGGCCCCGUCGUGCAGCGCCACUUCGAGAAGAUGGAAGAGGAGCGGCGCGCCCUGCAGGCCAAGCUCGAGGCCGAGCGCGCUGCCAAGAAGGCUGCUGAAGAGGAAGCGGCCCGCAAGGCGGCCGAGGAAAAGGCUAAGCAGGAGGCCGAGGCUGCCGCUGCCAACCCCGAUGCUGCCGCCAAUGGCACCAAGGAUGAGGAGAUGCCUGAUGCGCCGGCUGCUGGUAAGGCCGAGGAGGGUGCCCAGCAGCAGGGUGAGGAGAAGCAGCAGCAGCAGCAGCAGCAGUAA